AUGACUCAAACAGAAGAACCAAAAAGAUUUGGAUUAGAAAAUCAAGUUAAAAGAAAUCCACAUCGUGAUUUUAAUAAAGUUGAAAAUGAAAGACCAGGAUUUGAUUUUGAUUUAAAUUGGAGUUAUUCACAAAUUCCUUUUAAAGAUUGGGAAAUUGGAUCAGGUGCUAAUAAUAAUGAAUGGAAAAACCACAAGAAAUUAGAAAUUGAUCCUUUUGGAGAAGGUAGAAAUCCAGUUGAUAAUUAUAAAACUUUAAUCAGUGCUGUUGUUCCAAGACCUAUUGGAUUUGUAUCAACAAUUUCCAAAGAUGGUAUUAGAAAUUUAGCUCCUUUUUCAUAUUUUACUGUAGUUAAUCAUGAUCCUCCAAUUUUUACAUUAGGAUUUUCAGGUGGUAAAGGUAAUCCAAAAGAUACUUGUAAAAAUAUUUUAGAUACUGAAGAAUUAACAAUAAAUAUAAUAAGUGAAUGGUUUGUUGAAGCUGCUAAUUUUUGUGCAAUAAAUAGUCCACCAGAUAUUGAUGAAUGGAAAUUAUCAGGAUUAACUCCUUUAGAAUCAACAAAAGUUAAACCUCAACAUGUUGCAGAAUCUGCUUUUUCAGUUGAAGCAAAAUUAAUAACAUCUCAUGAAUGGAAAUCUAAAUCUGAUCCAAAUAGAGCAACUGGAACUUUAUGUAUUGUUGAAGGUAUUAAUUUUCAUGUUAGAGAAGAUAUCAUCAACAAGGAAUUGAAUAAUUUAGAUAUUGCUAAAUUAAAACCUGUUAGUAGAUUAGGUGGUAUAACUUAUGCUAGAACCGUUCAAGGUUAUGAAAAACCAAGACCUGAUUUUGAUAAAGAAAUUGAAAAAGAAGAAGUUAAAGAUUUAUUGAAAUGA